AUGCACCCAAUCAAAACAGUGAAGACUUCUAUCGUUGGUGAAGAUCUCAAAGAUAUUCUUCGCUAUGAUGAUCCAGUUAUUGAACAUGUCGAAAAUGAUGAAGAAGAAAAAACUUACACAAUCGUGGAUUGUGCGGCAACUCAAGCAUUUGUCAAAGGUAUAUUAACUGUACCAGCCAAUUCACCGCCUGAUCUAAGUCAAGAGCUGUUUAUGUAUACAGGAACAUAUUCGGUUAUCCUUAGAUAUGCAAGCGAACUAACUCAAAUCGAAUAUAUUCGAUUAUCAGCAUCGUGA